CUUUCGUCCGAGCUGCGAGACGUUCAAUUACGGUCAGUUACAUGAAUCGCCACACGAAGAGGUCUCCGUCUCCAUUAUUGCUUCUCGACUCGAGCCAACUCAGAUUGCGAUCGCGUCCUCCGAACGCGACGAGACAUUUUAACGCCACCGCACGUUUCUCGAUGUCUGGUGAUAAAAGUGUCUCCAACGGCACCUUGUCCAAGCGCAUAUUGACUCCGAGUAAUAAUGAAGCCAUCAACGAUCUUGUUAUCGAGACCGCUCGUCAGCUAGGUGCUGAAGGCAAGCGCGUCAUCAACGCUCAUUCACGGAGCGAUGAUAUUGAAUUUGAAUGGGUAACGGACUCUUCCGCCAAGGAGGAACCGGUGGAAUCUCUGAUGUCCUUUGAAGGCGUUGAUCUUUCUGCCGUGCAAACAGCAUUGCGCCGGGCUGCAGAGCGCCACGUAGAAAGGGAAAGGAUGCCCAACGUAGCCGAUCCGCCGAUGGUCAUUGACCUCGUGUCUUCAGACACGAGCAAAAACCAGCUGAUACCUGAGAAUUGUAGUACUGGAUACAAUUCCUAUAUCCAUUCAAGCACCACAGAUGCCCUCAUGAACAUUGAAUUGCAGCAGACAACCGUACUAUCUUCUGGGUCGAUGCAUGAUUACGCUCCACAGUCGUCCUCAAAUCCCUCUCAGCACAUCUCUGAAACUGCUCGUGACGCCUCGGCUGACUUGUGGAGUCCACUAUCAGGAGAUAGUGCAGUGCUACUUUAUGGAGCACGCAACUGCUCUGUUAACAACGUGUCGCUACAUGAGGCCAAUAGAGCGUCCGAUGCACGACAUGCGCACCACCAAUUAUCCGACUGCAAUAUUGGGCGCGAGAACUUGAGAAAAGAAGAAUGCUUCCUCUAUGGUCGAGCUGAGUCUGAAGUGCUCGGUUCUCGUUCUCAAGCUCCGAGUCCCACUAGUGUUGGGUCUUUAGAAGCUAGUACAGAGGAGCAGUCGGCAUGCGUGAAACCCACGCAACCAUCAAGGGAAGCGAUGGCCCACGAGCGAGUAAACGCACUGCUUGGUGACUUUGCAGCGCUGCAUACGAGUGGUGAAGAGGACGAAUUGUCAGACGGAGAUGAAGACCCAACCAAUGCCUCUGAAAGGUAUGCUGCGCCGGCAUUCCAGCCAUUGCCAACGGCAAGCGGGAUACAGCAGAGCUCGGUUGCAGCUCAAAGCAUCGGUCUCGAAGCACAGGCAGCACAGGCCUCGGGACGACCUGUGGAUUGGUUUGAGCAGAGUCGGAUGCCGUCUCGAUCGAGCGAUGCACUCGAACACCAUUCCCGCAUUGCUUCAGACGUUGGGCAGCAUUCUACACUGAUACGCGACAAGCGCCCUGCCCCUAGUAAUCGUGAUGCGUCCGGAAGCAGCACGUCACAGAGCGCACGCGUUGCCUUGCAUGAACGUCCAUCCAAACGUGCAUGUUCAGGUAACUCAUCCAAAUGGAGCCUUCGCGAGGACCCUGAGGGCGAGAGCAGCUCUUCCGACGAAUCCGACCUGCCAGCGCGCAAUCCUUUCGCAAGAGCAAGACGCCGGCAUUUAAAGCGCCAAAUGCAACAGCCACGCGUUACUAGCAACGCAAGUGCGCGCGGAACGACAAGGAGCUCGUCGAUAGUAUGUGAAGUGAACAUCCCGAGGACUAAAUUUGCCAGGGGAAGACGCGUGCUGGCGCCGGCGGACAGCUCGCUACCGUUCACGACUGUAGCCAUGCGCGGGGAUGUUCAUUUUAUUGACCAAGAAAGCCUUCGUAGACAGUCGAAGCGUUCUUUGCCUUUCUAUUGCCCGGAUGAUACACCCGACCCUCACGUGGUAGAUGCUUGCCUCCUCGAGGACAACACGGUGGUGCUCGGUUACGACAAGGGUCCCUGUCAAGCGUCCUUGAUAUGCCUGGUCGAUCAGAUUCCUCGACGCAUCGAUUUGGCUUACAGGGCCCACAGCACAGUACAGGAGAGCACCUCCGAGCAAGCAGCUCUUCCUAUCCUCGGACUGAGCGCUCUAGCACCAUUCGGAGGUUCCAGCCUGCGUUUCCUGUCAGGAGGUUUCGAUAAGUCCAUACAUGUGUGGACGUUGAAACGUGCCGUGGAUUCGUACACCGCGAAUUCUCACCGGCUGAAGAUCACCCACUCUCAGCGAGUCCAAUCUCUCGCAUACCGCCCACAUGAUGAAAUGGUGUUCUCAUGUGCAGGGACCCUAAUCUACCAGACGAACAUCACAGCCAAAAUCGCGCCGGAUCCGAUUAGAGUCUCCGACGGCCGCAUUUUGCAGGUUCAUAUACAUCCUCAAGCACCCAAGGUUGUCGUCCUCGAGGUGGAUCACCUGGAUCACCAGGUCCUGGUGUACGACACGAGGAGAGCAGACUUCAAGCAAACCCCAUCUCUGAGGUUUGGCUAUCGAGAUCCUAACACGCAGCCCAGGUCAGGGUUUCUGAAAGGGUCCACCAGGAAUAGUUGGUUUGCUAGGCCUUACGGAGAUGCCGCAGAAGGAGUAGUGCGGGUGUGGGAUUACCGGAGACACGAUAAUGUGGUCGCAUGCUUUCACCAAGCGCGCCUAGAUCCGAUAGCCCAUACAGUACUGAGCGGCUCAAACGUGAUCGCAUAUGGGGGCCAGUCAGUGACAAUCUGGGACAUCAACAGUAGCGCAUAGUAGCCGAACCCCGAAUUGCGGGGAACCAUCAUGCAUGGAAGUCAUUAUCGUCGUAGCCUGCUACGAUACAUACGGAUCAACCAGACACGUUUUGAGGCGCUAGAACCGCCCGUUGCGACCUACAAAGUUUUUAAAAAAAACAUCAAUCCGACUUGCGCCACCCUCCCAGCUCGACCGCAAAGGAAACUGCCAGCUUGGAGAAUUCGAGCAUGUGGGAGAAGCUGAACUCGUCGGAAAUGUCAUAACGGUCGUUCGCAGUGUGAAUGAGCUUGUUAGAAUUCUC